GCUAUGUCUAAGCUGUUUUUAUAAUUUUUUUAGAUGGGUGAACUGUAGAUCUUUUAUAAUUAUUUGAUUUUAGAUAUAAAACAUUAAUAUUUUUUUAAAUGUAGAGAAAUACCCAGUAGGAAAGUUUCUUUAAAAUAAAAAUUUAAUUCAAUGACUAAUUUAAUUAAUGUAAUCCUUGUAUUUAUUUAUGAUAUUACUGAAAAUCAUUGAGUGUAUUAGCUUGAAUAUAUUUAUUUGCCUGCAGUAUUGGCUAUCCAUUUUAUUAGGUUAUUGAUACAGAAACCGUAUAUCUGUUAAAUGUUUCUCUUUUAUUUUAAAUGACUAAAAUGUAUCAAUUUAAUGAAAAUUGAAAUUUCAGAGAGGGGUUGUAUUUAUUUCAAAUCAUAUUUUUAAAAUGAAAACAUUUUUAUUAUUUCUGAGUUAAAUAUCAGUUCAUGGUAAAAUUUAACAGCUAAAGUAUUAAAAAGUUGAGAAAGUUGUGAAGAUUUAUGUCAUCAUAUAUUUUGAAUAAAAGAAAUAUGAUGUUUGGGGAGGAAACAAAAUAAUCUGAUGUAAUUUCAGCAAUUCUGCCCAUGAGGUUAUUUUUUCGCAAAAAAACUUGUACAAGAACUAAACAUAAGAAUUUUUUAAAAUAUUAAACAUUGUUGAAUGUAAUUUUCUUAAAUAUAAUUUCUUGUUUAUAAUGUCUUAAAGAAACAAAAAGAAAUCUGCAAAAUUAAAAUGGAACUAAAAGCCUGUAAUUAGAAUUUAAAAAAAUACAUAUCAAAUGAAAUAAAAUUUACUUCAUUCAAUGAAUUUUUUUAUAUUUUUUUAGAAACUAUGUGUUCUUUUAGAAAUACAUAUUUUUAAAAGUGAAUAUCUUCCAUCUGCAGGGAGAAGAAAUCUGGCAGAAAGAUGUAGCUAAUGUAAGAAAGAAGAUUUUAACUGUUCAUCAAUUAAACAGACUCGAAUGUGUUCCUCUGCCAAACAAUGACGUCAGCUAACAGAAGAUAUUCCCCAGAGAUGGUGGCAUAUCCUAACCGUUUCACUGAGAGUGAACCUCUUCUUAGAACUCGUGUACAUCAAACUGAAUGUGAAGGAUACGAUAUUAAUACGAAGAUAUGUGGAUUACAUUUGGACGGACCGGAUAGUAUCCGUGCAUACUGGGUAGCUUUCUCCGCAUUUUUCAUCAGCUUUAUUACAGCUGGCAUCGGAAGAGUUUCCGGAAUUUUGUUACCGCAUUUAUUGACGGAAUUUGGCAUCGAUAGGGAGAUGGCUUCUGUACCAUUUUCAGUACAGUUGGCACUGAGGAAUUUAUUAGGACCGAUUGUCGGUGUAUUGGGUCACAAGUUUGGAGUCAGAAAGAUCACGCUCCUUGGAGUAGUCAUUUUAGCAUUCAGUACAGCUUUAUGCUGUAGUACUCAUAAUUAUUUUUGGGUCAUCGUUUAUUGGGGUUAUUUUUCUGGUGUUGGUAUUGCUUUGUGUACCAGUUUGCUUCAGCUUACAGUUGGUCAGUAUUUUGAGAGAAAUAAAGCAACAGCUAUGGGAUUUAGUUUAGCAGGUGGUUGUCUUGGAUCUAUUACUUUACCGUCAAUUGUAGAACUCCUGCUUCAGCUUUUUCCUUUAAAAUAUGUUUUCUUAUGUAUGGGAAUAAUGAUCUCUACAACUGUAUUUUUUGCCUGGUCCUUAAAGGAGCCCCCUUGGCUCAAUGCACAGAAUCAACCCUCAGAAAAUUAUGACCAGUUGGACACAGUACGAGCAAUGGUUUCUUUGGAAAAUUCCCUUCAGAUGCUUCAAGUUAAGGAUUUUAGCCAGCAAAGUCAUUCAGCCGGACUAGGUAUAAUAAAAACCUUUGUCAUAAAUAUGCCAAAUAUUACAUUUCUUAGGAAACAUAAAGAGCUUAUUAUCAAGUUGCUAAGAAGAGGAACGCAGAAAACGUUCGAAAAGGACAAAUAUCGUUUAGAAACCUCCAUACGAAAUAGCAUGGAAGAUUUGUUUCAAUAUAUAGAUAGAUUCUUAAAAAACCUCACAGAAAAGAAUUUUAUGAAUCAAUCAAUCUUUGUCUCAAGCGAAACCAAUCCAGCAGUGACUGGACAAGAAAUAUCUUUAAUAGAUAUUGUAGAUAGCUCCAACAAAAGCACAAGAAAUUCUAUAACAAUGAAAUUGGAAAAAAUCAGUCUUAUGACUCUUUCAGAAAUAAUGGCUUUAUGUCCUAAUGAAAACAAACAUGAUAUUUUAAAAAUAUCUAAAGAAAUUAGAAAUCUAUGCAGUAUAGCUACUCGAUUGGAAAAACAGGAAAAUGGUCUAUUAUUAUCUAAAAGCACUGUGCAAGAUAUACAAAUCCAAAAUGAAGAACCAAACAUUUUUAAUUCAAAAUGUCAUCAUCUCAGUCUACUGCGCAUUUUUUUAAUUCAAUGCGUUUGGAAUCAUUUGAAACCAGUGAUCAUUUUAUACAGAAAUCCUUUAUUUUUACUCAUUUCCAUUUGUAGAUUAAUUCACUUCAUUAUAUUUGUUCCGGUUUUGGUUAUCAUCGUAGAUUUCAUGAUGGAAAAGGGCUUACCAGAAUUAGAUGGCCAGUACGGAAUCAUAUCAUUGUCUGUCGGUGAUUUUAUUGGACGAAUGUUUACAGGUUGGGUGACGGACAAAGGUUUUCUAAGUCUACCAAAUUUCAUGGCAAUUAUAAUGUUGCUGCAGUGUGCCAGCACUGUUACUUUACCACUCAUAUAUAACAGAAACAUGAUGCUUGUAGCACUUAGCAUUUUUGGUUUACUUCAGGGUUCCAAUUUCGUUCGACAUCCAGUCCUAAUUUCAAAUUACAUGGAUAAAGAAGAACAGCCCUUUGCAAUGGGAUGCUUAAGUUUUUUUUCUGGAAUUUUCGCAUGUAUAUUACCAUAUUAUGUUGGACUUUCCAAGGACACUUUGGGAACAUAUGAUUUCCUGUUUUAUUUAAGUGGACCAAUUGGAGCUUGUACUGGUUUUAUUUGGUUCCUUGUACCAAAAUUUGAGCGUUUCUACUGUACAGAAAAAACUACAACAGAGUUGGAUGAACCGGUUUGACCAUUCUUAAAACAACCAUUUUGAUGCUUGUUUAUAAAAUCAAGUCCAGUUCAUUGGAUUGGGAGAUUCGAAAAUUCUGAAUAAUCAUAAAAAAUUAGAGAAAUGUUAUUUAAAGAAUAAAUUUAUAUAACAAGGAUUUUAAGAGAAAAAAAGAAUGAAAUUAUUCGUGUAAGCAUUUGAGAUUAUCAUAAUAUUGAGAUCCCAAGAAAUUUUA